AGGCAAUGAAGAGAAUAAAUUCACUUUGAUGUGUGGGGUACAUGGCUGAUUUAAAAAAGUACUCCAUACGUAACACUUAGAACUAAGAUGCUACAUGGACUACCAGUAUUUUUAAUGACAAGCACAAUCAGCACAUUAAAUGGGAGGGAUUUAUAUGAUGGUUGGAAUUGAAGCCAUGUGCAAAUAUUAGUCAUGCUUUGUUGAGUUGUACUAGUAGUGAUGAGCACUAGCCUUCAAAGUACUUUGUAUAUGAUUAACCUCUAAAUACCACCUACAAAGUAACUAUUAUCACAUGGCAUCCCUACACUACAGUAGUUACAUGAGAAAAACAUACGAUACAAUUGCUUGAGGCAAUGGUGCAACUCUCAAAUCAUUUUUUUAAGUGACCGAGCAACUGAUUUUCUUUGUUGCUGUUCAGAAAACAAAUAUUGUGUUGUUCUUUGUCCAGGUUCCGACAUUCCUUUUUAGUAGCUUAUGCCACAUUUGUUCACAUCAUGAGCUGCUCACUACCUAGCGACCUACCUGCAAAAUUCUUUCAUCUUUUUCCCCUCACAAUUUUCACUUAUGGUGUGAGAAGUCUGGCUUACAUCUAAUACAGGGCCUACUGGAUGAGGAGUGUGUUCUGUGUGAUUUUGUUCCAAGCUGGCUCACACACUUAAAACUUUGAAGUGAAAUGUAAGGGAAAGUGUAACUGUUACCAUUUUCUGCCAAAUGUACUAAAUUUUAACCAUAUAGGCUAACAUGGUACAAAAUGAAGGACAGAAUCAAUCUCUUGCACAUUUGAAUCUUCUGGAUCAAAAUCAGACAGCAUGGAGAACAGGGUGCUUUAAGAAUGCAGCUUUGCUACAGGGUGAAAAUCACCCACAUUCUAGCUCACAUCUAUAAAGGGAAGUUUUGGAAAAGAAGCUUUCUGCCCCAGAAACAAAGCAGGUCAUGUAACAAAAGUACUGCAUUACUACAAUAAAAGAUAUUCCUUGCCUCCUCUUUUCAAUAUUUGAGAAAUGGAAGUGGCUGCUAUAUGAGAAAUUCCAAAACGAGAACAAGGCAAUACUUUGGGUCUGGAGGGGGUCAUAGCUCGGCGAUAAGGGUAUGUCCUUUGUACAUAGAACAACCCAAGUUUAGUCCCUGGCAUCUCUAAUUAAAUAGAUCUUUGUAGAUCAAGGGAAUGAAAUAGCCCGACCUAAGACCAAGGUCAGAGCGAACAAUACUGUGAUAAUCAUUAGUAUUUGUAAGGGGGUAAGAGGCAUAUGAAUGCCUUAAAUAAUAAAAUACCUUCUCCUCUCCGUAUCCUCUCACACUGUUUGAAAGGGUCUCUCAAUGCUUUGAAACAGAUUAGGGGCAGGUAUAAGGAGACUUCAAGGUGAGGGGGGGAACCCCCCCCCAAAAAAACCCUUUCUCCUCAUUCCACCAAGAAGCCUCCAAUGGAGGAAGAAGCCUUUGAGACAAGCUGCCCCUGAGGAACACGAGAGGGACGGGCUAUUGCAACCAUCUCUUUCUUAUUUGCUGGGCCGCUGUGGAGAACAGAAUGCUUGACUUGAUAGGCCUUUGGUCUGAUCCAGGAAAGUUUUCAUCUUCUUAAGGUAGAAAACCCCAUAUCCCCUAAGGUAGAAAACUCUCUCCUUGUUGGGCUAUUUUCCACUUGAGAGGAGUGCUGCACAUAGGAGAGCGUUCAAAACAAAACAAAACAGACCAGACCUUUGCUGUCUGAAGUACCACACAGCCCACCAGAGAGCUGUUUCUGAGUCCUGAGCCCCUGCUUUAGUUCUCCACGAUGAGCUGCUUUAGAGAAGAGGCGCGAGGGCUCUUGACAGGCCCCCAACCGUUUCAAGUGACCAGCAGAGCCCCGCCCCUUCAACUCCUCCUCCUCCUCAGGUUUCGCCCCUCCCUCUUUUAUCGCGCGGCCCCGCCUCUCUACCUCCACGAGCUCUGUGAUUGGGCCGCAGCGCAAGGGCCGCAGCACGCCCUCCGCGGCGGAAUGGGCGCAUGCGCGUUGCUAGGGCUUACGGAGAAAAAACGAGCGCUCCGCCGGUUGUUUAUGUGCGUUCCGAGUAAUUCCACUUCCUGCCUGGCGUGACUGUGCGCCGCUCCGUCGCUUCCGGGUCAGAUGCUUCCCGGCGUCCGGGGCCUCUGAGGUACCGGUGUUUCGAAACCUGCCGAGAAAGGCGGGCUGGGGCCGAUGUUGAGGUGCCGCUGCCGGCCGGGGGGGUGACGAGGGGGGCGGCGGAAGAGAAGGGCCGGCGGGGCCUGGUCGCCCGAUGGUGGGCCGGCGCUCGCCAUGGACAAGAUCCUGGAGGGCCUGGUGAGCUCCUCGCACCCGCUGCCGCUGAAGCGCGUGAUCGUGCGGCGCGUGGUGGAGUCGGCCGAGACGCCUCAGAGCGCGCCCGAGUGCCGGGCCAUGUUCUCGCUCAGCACCCGCCUCAUCCUCCAGGGCCCCGACCAGUUCCAGCGCCAGGUGGGGCGGCAGGUGCUCGAGGCCUACGCCCGCCACCACCGCGACGACUUCGAGGCCUUCUUCACGCGCGGGCUGGUGCUGGCCUUGCUCCAGGGGGGAGACCCGGCGCUGCCGCCGCCGCCGCCUCUUCCCGCCGUGGCUCCCGGCCUGGGGCCUAGCCUGGACCCGGCCGUGCUGGACUACAUCCAGGUGGGGCUGCGCCUGCUCAUCAGCUGCCCGGCGGUGCUGGAGCUCUUCGCGCUGCUCCAAGGGGAAGCGCUGCGCCUGGUGAGCGAGAGGCCGCCGGCGCCGCUGUGCGCUCGCCUCUGCCAGCUCCUCAGCGACUUCCCGCAGUGCCUGCCCCGCGGCAGGAAGCCCGCGCUCGCCUUCUGCCAGCAGCUGGUGCGCAGCAUCGCCCACUUCCAGACGCAGGGCACCCGCGAGGCCGAGCUGCGCCUCUACGUCUCCCAGGUCACCCAAGUCAGCGGCCUCCUGCGCAGCAUCUGGAAGGCAGAGCCCGACACGCUGCUGCCCUCCUUACAGGAGCUCUUCGCCAUCAUCUCCUCCACCGGUGAGUUGCUGUUUCGCUUGGAAGGCACGGGCUUCAGUGCCCCUCUGGGGUUUGCAGAGGUAUCACCUUAGGAAGAGCAAGAAGUAGGCUUGUGCUGUCACCCCUACAGGCAUCGCCAAAUGUUCUCCUUGUACAGUGGUACCUCGGGUUAAGAACUUAAUUCGUUCUGGUGGUCCGUUCUUAACCUGAAACUUUAGCUAAUGGGGCUGCCGCGCCGCCGCCACGUGAUUUCUGUUCUCAUCCUGAAACAAAGUUCUUAACCUGAGGUACUGUUUCUGGGUUAGCGGAGUCUGUAACCUGAAGCAUCUCUAACCCGAGGUACCACUGUACAACAUGAGCAGCAUUCUCCCUAAUGUCAUCCUAGGCAGCUUUGGCAACAUGUGUAAACAAGAACAAAGCUCUAUGGUUGCAUUAGUUAAAGGAGUGGUGAUGCAAGAGCAAGUCAUGGCUUUAUCUUCAGUUCUCGUGUGUUCUUGUUUGCACAUUUUUCUGGAAAAGCUCAUUGCUCCUGGGUUUCAAAGGUAACAUUUGUAUUGGGCCAAAGUGUAAGGCAACAAGAAGUGUAGAUAAAGUACUAAGUAAAGCACUUAAAAUUUAUGUAACCUUUUCCAAAGUAGGUAAGUUUUAAAAAGCAAGGGGUCCAUGACAUACUAGAUAUUAGAUCAGGGAGCCACAUCUUCCUUGUAGUCCUUCCCUCUUGGGCCAAAAAUCAUUGUGCAUUCGGUGCUUAAUAGUUAGCCAAGUUUGGACAAAACUCAGAGAGCAGCUUGAGUCUCUUCCUUGACAACUCUUGCAGAGAGAAAGGCUUUGUCUUUGGUUAGCUGUUUGGUUACUUUUAGAUAACUUUGAAACUCGGCUGAAGUCAGAGUGGCUUGUGCUAACCUUACAGCAUGCUGAAGUAUAAAAAAAAGAAGUUAUAACUGUAACUGAAACAGAUAUUGGGGAUAACACUAUUAACUUAAACAUUUCAGUAUUAGUUUAAUCUAGCUAAUGGUGUGAAUUUCCUGGAAAUUUUCCUAGAGAAAUUAGAGUAAUUUGCAUCACAAAUAUUUCAGUUUAUACUGGAAAAAAAUUCUGAUGCUCUAGAGAGAGAACUAAUUUACCAUCUUUCUUACAUUCUUAUAAAACAUUACUUCAUACAGUGCAUAGUUAAACUAUGAAGUGUUGCUCCCACAAGUAGUGAUGACCUCCAACUUUGAGAGCUUUCAAAGAGGUUUAGACAGAUUCAGAGGGGAUAAGGAUAUUAAUGGCUGCUAGCCACAAUGGUUUAGGUUCUACCUCCCUUGUUGGAGGUGAUAUGCCUCUGAAUGCCACUUCCUGGGAAUCUUAAACAGGGAGAGCACUGUUGUGCUCAGGUCCUGCUUUCAGCCUUCCUGUAGGCAUCUGGUUGGCUAUUGUGAGAACAGAAUACUGGACUAGAUGGACCACUGGCCUAAUCCAGCAGAGGCUUUUCAUAUGUUUCCUCAGUUCCAGAAUAUUAACUAUUUGGCUAUUAACUUUCCCACACAUGUUUGUUCACGACCAACACAUUUCUGGAAUUCAAAAAGUUGCUAGAUAUGUGGUACAUACAGAUAAACUACUCCCAAAGAGAUGAAAGUGGGGGAAUACCCAAGUUUCCUUCUCGUUUGAUCACUUAAAUUCCUAGAAAAUACUAAGACAGACCAAAGGAAGAAAUUCUUCUGCUGGGCUUAAUUUACAAAAACAUAUUUGAAUGGAUUAAGAUGUUGAAUAAUCUGUUGUAAUAGAACUUUAAUAUAUUCUUGAAAUGUGUUUCAAAAUUCAGUAGGAAAAAGAGUACAAGCAAAGCAUAAAACUUCUUUCUUGCGCAUUUGUCUAUUGUAGAUUUUGAACCCUCAGUUGCCUUGGCAAGUCUUGUGCAGCAUAUCCCAUUACAGAUGAUUACAGUGCUCAUCGGAAGCCUUACCACAGAUCCAAAUGUAAAAGAUGCAAGUAUGACUCAAGCUUUGUGCAGGUAUAGUCUUUGUGUUAGAAAAGAGCAUGACAACAUUACCCAAAUAGAAAACCUCAUAGCUGUUUGAUCAUGUGAGUUUUAAUGGAUAGAUUCAAUCUGCAUAAAUUGGUAAAUGAACAAUACACUUUCUGAAGAGGAAAAAACAUUUGUUUUUAGACUAUGUUUUAGACACUGUUGUGGCAAGCACAGUCUUAGAAGAGGCGUUCCUUCUUUUGUGAGAGAAGAGGAAAAAUGUCUCUUCUAAGUUCUGGCAUGCCAUCCAUGUUUUUUGUAAAUAUUUGUACUAAAAAUAAACAUGCAUUUGUGUUGUGUGUUUUUAUUGUCUGAUUCAUCAGGGAUGCAAACCCUGAUGCCAGAUAUUGCAGCCAUAAAAACAGUAAUGCCAUUAACACAUUUUGCAACCGAAUGAAAUCUUUAAAAAUUGGAAAUUGUGACUCAGGAAAAUCUGUAGUGGUACAGUUUAGUCAUUGACAAAGAACUUAUUAUGGUAUCCUAAUACAGCAAUCUGCCUUUUAAAGUAAAAACAGUUUCCGCCAAAGAACCUGACCUGUGAAGUAACCUUGUCAUAAUAAGUUAGAUAUUGUUUCUUUUCAGCAGCAUAAUCUUGUUCUUCUUGGUUACUAAGUAUUUAGUAAGCUUUUGUGAAGCAAGUAGUAAUUACUGGCCUUUGGAUGAAAGUUGAUGGGUAAAAUUUGCUGCUAUUUAAAAACAGGUGAUUUUGAACAUGGGGUACACGCCAGCAACAUGAAAGCUGCAAUCUAUGUGCAUUUGUUUGGGAGCAAGUCCCAUUGACUUCAAUGGUAUUUACUUCCAAUGAAGCAUGAAUAUGUGUACAUUCAUUGAGAUAAAACAAUUCUAUAUAUUUUUGUACAACCUAGCCGGACAAAAGUAGCACUAUGUGAAUCUAUCUUGAGUUGCAAAAUGCAUUGUUUGGAGCUUGUGGUGAUGCUGAGUAUAAUCUCAGUAUCUUUUAUACAAAGGUGCUUUCAUUCAGGGAUUUCUGGCCAUUCUGUCCUUUCUGUUUCAGUCCCCUGCACCACAUUCAGUCCCAUUUUGGAAUGUCCUCUGAUCUUUAGGAGUUUCUUUUCAGGGGACUCCAAUAUAUAACAGGCAGGAAAGUCUUAUUGUUUGAGGAGGUUUAUCUCUGGAUCCAAGUCCUUCUUCUUAGAAAGAAGAGCUAACUGCUACUGAAAUCUUAAACAUCAGAUUAUCUGUAUUUUCCAAAUAUUGACAAUGGUUGUAACAUCCAGCAUUUAGAAAUCUGCAAAUGUAAUAAAUCAAAUUCUGGAUACCAGUCUAGGAUAUGAAGUGCUGAAAAAGGGCAAUAAAUAGAAAUGAUGAAGAUGGUGCUUAAUCACAUUGCUAAGAACAAACAAAUGGCUGAAUUCAUUAAGCCUAUUAGUAGCCGUUCCGGGGCCUUUGGAGAUUAUGGUGCUGGCUGCAAGUUUUCGCUACAUGCAUAUGGUUAAUAGCAACAGUUUCUGACAAACAUCAAUCUGUCAAUCAACACAUAUGUGGUAGGCUGCUAAGUAAACCUAGCGAUCUAACUGGUUAUUUUUCCUGAAAAUGAUUUAUUUGGUUUUGAUUGUUUAAAUUCCUAUACCAUUGUGGGCCAUAGAUCUUAUAACUUACAUAGCCUUGCAAAUAAGUGCUCAACAUUUUCUAGCUAACACACACAGUAUUUUACUAGCCCACAUACAAAUCUUAUUUGCCUAUCAUGUUAAAUUUUAGUGCUGACAACUCUUAUAGACCAUAAGAGACAAGUCCCAUGGCUACAGGAUAAAUACAUCAUCAGUUAGUGAAAUCUUUCUGAGGCAGCCAGCUUCACCUGCCUUUUCUUUCUAGCUGGGCAACUGCAGUCAUUUAUAUUUGUUAGCUAGAUGAAGAGGAGUAAAAAGAGAAGUUGGCUGUUCUUUUACUUCUUGAACUAAUAUGAGGAUAGGUGUAGUAUAAUGUCAACGAUCACAAAAGACUGCAUCUAGAUGAGCUGGAAGAAACGGUAAUUGCUUGGCAGAGCCUGUCAUCCUUUAUGCAUUCACAGUCUCUUACAGGGUUUUCAGCUAAACAUGGGUGAGCUCUCCCUGGCUUGAUUUGGUUGGGAGCAGCAGUUAUGAGCAAAGGUGCAAGAUGCUUGGAAAGAGUUAUUUUCCUCAUCCCUCCCCAAGAAAAUUGUUCCCAUCCUGGCUAGUUCCAACAUCCUUUAUCUGGCUCCUGCUAUGGUGGUGGGAGAAAUAUUUCUCCUUCCUCGUCUUCCUCCACCUUGGCACUACAGAAAGAAAUUGGGGUGUCUAUUUCUCCCUUCUUCUAGGCACCUAGAAUUCUGAGAAAUGUCAUUUUCGCAAAAACAUAGACAUCAUAAGGUUGGAAAAAAGAAGCUUAUUUCUGGGUUGGGGGUUGUAUACUCAGUUUGUUUUGAAAGUGAGUACCGUGAGACACUAAGGUUCAUAUUUUGAGCCAAGUCAUUGGUUACUAAGGUCAGCAACAUCUCUGCAGGCAUCACAAACUCGAAGGAAUGCUGGGUCACCUUGUUUGUUGGCUGUUGGUUGUACUAGUGAGGGAUAUGUGCUUGCUGCUUCUCCAUAGAGGUUUUUUCCUUUCUUAAAGAAAAGUAAAUGUUACAUUAAAUGUUUUGGUUUCCUAGCAUAUCUUAGCAUUGUGCAAGGACCAGUCGGAAAAAAGAAACCAUUAUGUCGAGAUCUUGCUUCUUUUAAUUCAGAUCUCUGCCAUAAAUGUUUUAUUUGAAAACUUUGGACAUGAGGAUAAUGUUUAAUAAAGACCACUGGUUGGCUUUGACAUUUAUUGGUAAAUGUUUACAGAAUGGCAGAAAAUGGGGAGGGAAUAAAAGCAUUGAUCAGCAUUCAUGGCACUUGUACAACAGUAUUCCACACAGCCCUCCAAACGAAAAAGCUCCCAUUAGCUUGAUGAAAUAUAUUCUUGUUUUCUAAGUGGUGUAGUACCGCAGUUUGAGUACUGAGACUAAUGAACUUCCCCCUGCCACAGAACCUUGGAGAAAGUUGUUUGCAAAGGCUAGAGAAUUAUGCAGUGCCAUGACUCUCAGUGUGACUUAAUGUGAUGGUCAUAAUAUGAAAACCAACACAAACUGUGGGGCAAUUAAAUAAUUAGAACUUCUUCUUUUUGGGCUGGAAUACUAACAAGCACCCCAUCUUUUUUCAGAAUGAUUGAAUGGCUGUCCUGGCCAUUGGCUCAGCAUGUGGAGACCUGGGUCAUAGCGCUCUUGAAAGGGCUGGCUGCAGUCCAGAAGUUUACUAUCCUUAUUGAUGUUACUUUGCUUAAGAUUGAAAUGGUAGGUAUGGUUGCUUUUGUAGAACAGCUUUUCUGCUUAUUCCAGACUGGUGUAAAUAUUGUGUAAUACAGAAUGAAAACUGAAGAAUAUCUCAAUUCUGAUGUGUUUGGUUUUUUUUUAAGGUUUUUAAUCGACUUUGGUUUCCUCUUGUGAGACCUGGUGCUUUGGCUGUCCUUUCUCACAUGUUGCUUAGUUUUCAGCAUUCUCCAGAGGCUUUUCACUUGGUAAGUUUUCAUUGUCUGAGCUUUAAACCUACUGCUUACAAACAACUUCCAUAGCUUUCUUUGUAAAACCUAGACUGCAGUCUUGUGUUCAUACUGGAGGGUGAAUGUCUUGUGGCUUGUUGUAAACCAGCCAUAAUAACCAACUUCACAUCCGUACUGCAGAUAAUAAGAUCUAUCCUUCCAGUUAUAUCGUGUAUUGCAACUUCAGUUUUAUCCUGCUCUGUACUGAAGAUGUAUUGUACAAAACAAGUUUUGAAACAAAUAGAACUAGAUAUUAAGAAUUGUGAGAACUCCUUGCACACUUACCCUUACACAAGUACUUGGCAAGGGUAGUUAGACAGAGCCACUGCCACACAAGAUGCCUCAACGUUCCUGCCAGUUCAUAAUGUUCAGUUAUGUUUUAAACACCUCCUACAGUCUGUAUUGGGACGCGGGUGGCGCUGUGGGUAAAAGCCUCAGCGCCUAGGGCUUGCCGAUCGAAAGGUCGGUGGUUCGAAUCCCCGCGGCGGGGUGCGCUCCCGUUGCUCGGUCCCAGCGCCUGCCAACCUAGCAGUUCGAAAGCACCCCCGGGUGCAAGUAGAUAAAUAGGGACCGCUUACUGGCGGGAAGGUAAACGGCGUUUCCGUGUGCUGCGCUGGCUCGCCAGAUGCGGCUUUGUCACGCUGGCCACGUGACCCAGAAGUGUCUGCGGACAGCGCUGGCCUCUUGAGUGAGAUGGGCGCACAACCCUAGAGUCUGUCAAGACUGGCCCGUACGGGCAGGGGUACCUUUACCUUUACCUUACAGUCUGUAUUGAGGGCCAAAUUCACAGUUGGCCUCUGAGCUCUUCAUGCCAGUGGCUACUCCACAGUCUUGAAUGUGUAGGCUACACACAGGCACACAACCAUCUCAGCUAAUUUUUCUACAUCAUCUGAGAGAGGGAGAUUAUGCACCCAUCAGAUUAGAGGUAGGGGACAUCAGGGUCCUCUACCCACCCUAACACUGGGUCUACGUCAUCUUUUUUCCUGCUGCCACCAGCAGGAAGUGAAACACCUCUCACUUAAAUAGAAAUAUGAAGGCACAUAAUUCAAUAAAGAUGUUUCUAAAAUUCUGUUGGAAGUCAAAGAUGUAGCCAGCCUGCUUAAAAAGUUGUGAAUACAGGCUUUUCAAGAAUUUUCUAAUUCAUACUGUUUUGAUUGUGAAUUCCUUUUAAGAUUUUGAAUUUAUGGGCAAGGUGGAGGUGAGCCACACUUGAUGGAGCUACAAGCUAAUACCAAGUUAAAUUCAUAUAAUACGGAACAGGUUGUAUGUUAUCAGGGUGACAGUAAACAAUACAGGCCAUUAAAUGUUUCAGUCAUAAUAUUUAGAACAGCCUUCGCCAAAUUUGUUCUUUAGCUGUUUGGGGUUUUGUUGUCGAAAAUUGUUGAAAGGCAGCAGUUUGGGGAAGACUGAUUUAGAAGAACAAUGCAUUACUAAAGCAAUGUUGCUGUCUAUCCUGAUUUAUGUAUCUUAAUGGAAUUGUGGGUUUUCUGUUACAACUUUUGCCCCUUACUAUUAAAAUGGUUAUCAGUUAUUAAUUGCAGUCAAGUAGAUAUGAAUAGCAUAGUUUUUCAGAUGAACUUGGGCAAAUGCUUUGGUCUUUUUCUCUUAACAUUAGAUUGUUCCUCAUGUGGACAAGCUGGUAAAAUCUUUCAAAAUCAAUGGCCUUGCCUCCAGUGCAACAUUUUUGGGACAGCUGAGUGAGCUAAUACACUGUAUGAUGUAUCAUUACUCUGGAUUCCCAGAACUCUAUGAACCUAUUUUAGAAGCUAUCAAGGUAAUGCAAAUAAAUUAAAUGCUACAGGUUGAAAACGAGGGGUGGUCUUGAUGCUCUGCAGUGAAUCUGCAGUGAAUUUUUUGAUUGAGGGAAGAAAUUGGAUUAUAUUGUAGAACUAGAAAAAUCACUGGCUAGGAAGAUGUGAAAAAAUAAAAUAAGAUCUCUGGUUGCUUAAUCCAGAAAAGCACUAAAAAGCAGAAUAUGGUAAUAUGCACCCUUACUUUAUGGGAGCAUUUUCAUAAGAGUUACUGAAUAUUAUUGGUGAUUAUCGAAGGGAAAAGUCACUAUGUAUUAACUCAGUGAUAGUGGAAAUGGUUUGAAAUGACCAAGAUAUUUCCUGAUCAGAAAUGUUGUUUCUAUUGCCUUUGUGUUGUGCAUUGUGGAACAAUGUAUACAUUGACUUUUAUUUGGUUUAUUGUAUUUCUAUGCCACUUUUCAUUCAGAUCAAAUCGAUAUAUAUAUAGUGACACCAUUGUCAUAAGAUGUGGAACAAUUCCUUCCAUAAAGGCAGAAAACACACACAGCAGUAUAUUUGGCUUUGACUGUUGUAUCUUUUGGUUGGGGUAUCCUUUUUAAAAAAUGCAUCUUAUGGUGAACAGAGGCUGUCAAGUGUUUUUGCUACAUUUUACAGUUUGAGAAUCACUCUUUGUGGCAAAGAAAUAGCAGGAACAGAUCAAAGAUUACCUACAAGUCUCUGAUUUGACAGUAUCUUUAGAGUUGAUAAGACACAGCCUCUAGUAAUUUUUCUUGGCUGUGCGUUCACAGUGAAUCUUUGAUGGCUGGCCAAACAACUGUACUGUCAGUUCUCACAAAGACAACGGUGAUAUUUUUUCAGCAUUACCAUGAGUAAAGAGCCUGAGUUGUGAGGACAAUGUGGGGUGACUGUUGCUGCUUUGUAGAUAUUGUGAAAACAAGUGCUUAAAGUUGUUGCUGUUCACUGCUCAGUGUUGAAUUUUCCCUUCUUGUAGGACCUUCCCAAACCCAGUGAAGAGAAAAUUAAAAUGAUACUGAAUCAGAGUGCCUGGACAUCUCAAUCCAGUUCCUUGCAAUCUUGUCUGUCUAGAUUUUCUGGAAAAUCUGAAACGGGAAAGACUGGUCUGAUUAACUUAGGAAAUACAUGUUAUAUGAACAGUGUGAUUCAGGCAUUAUUCAUGGCUACAGAGUAAGUUUAAACUUCCUCUUGUGAGGAAUCCCAGGCAUUUGUUUGUACUAAAGAAUUUUUUAAAAAAAAUAAUUCAUGGAGCACAUCAUUAUGGUUUUGCUAUUGCCAGUGAAGAACUAGGUAACAUGGCAAAAUUGGUCCAGUGGCCUAAAUUAGUUUUCCUUAGCCAAACAUUGGGCUCAAAUAUAUUGGAGUUCACAUUAUAUCCUGCAUGUCAUCAUGUAUUCACGUUAAUAUUGGUAAAAAUUAUUCCAUUUACAUAAGUCAUCGUGGCAAUAAAAUAUUGUUUACUUUGUUCCCUGAUACAUGUUUAUGCACUCAAAGAAAAUCACCAAUUGGGAGUUUUUUGAAAAAUGCCCACUUUUUUUUAGACUAUCACCUCCUAUAAUUUUUUUUUAAAAAUCCAGUUUGAAUUAAAACAAGGUAUGUGUUGUAUGAAUAAUGGUUGAUAAUCUGACUAAGUCAUACUUGGAGUUUACCACUUUAAAUCAGUGGAAUAAAAAGAUUUCACUGAUUUCAUUCUAACAACUCUAGUAGGACUAGUAUUGGAUAUUGCCCAUAGUGUGCUGGGUCAUUCAGACCAUUCUGUAUUACAAAAGCAAACACUGAGCAAAGCUAAUGUCAGAUAAAUCUGUUCUGCGCCAUCAGAACACUGUGUAAAUGACGAAACAUGAAACCAUUGUCAUCUCAUCUCUUUCUCUUUUGCAGUUUCAGGAGGCACGUAUUAUCUUUAAAUCUAAAUGGGUGCAAUACAUUAAUGAGAAAGUUGCAACAUCUAUUUGCAUUUUUGGCUCAUACUCAGGUGUGUGUAACUCUUUUAAUUUUCUGAAUAUUGUAGCCAUAAUAUCCAAAACUUGCAUCUGUCUAAAUGUUCUACCAGAAUGUACCUAGAGAAAAACACAUUCAUAUUUCCUAUAGAUUUGAAUAUUCUCAGCUUUUCUAAGCCAAAAGAAAAGAAUAGCCUUGUUUUCCACGAGUGAAAUUUUAUAAGUUGCAAAAACCUGUGCAGAAUAGUUAAGAUCUAGCCAACAUAGUUGAGAUUUUCAGAGAGGCAAUUUUUUAUUGUCGCCAGUUUCAGACAUUUGUUCCCAGCUUCUCAGACCUUGCUUUGUGAAGUCACAAAUGAGCAUCCAAGUAUGGCUGCUGUGUACAACUAAAAAAAAACCACUGUACAUAAGGCACCAAAACGAUUAGGAAAAAGGGAUGAAAGUAUACUGUUCAUAUUCUUGCUACACCCAUAUAACUUUUCUAGCUUUAAGCCGUUUGUCUACUUGCAUGUUUUGUAGGAAAAAAGAUUUGUUUUAAGUUCUAGAUUAUUUUUAUGUAAGAGAUAGAUUUGAAGGUACAACUAUGUGCACUAGACCCGUGUAUGUUUUUUAUAUCUGAGAUUUAUUCUGUCAUACUUGCAUGCACUUGCAAUCUAUUCAUUUGAGCGUCCCAAUGCAGAAAUUAAGGAAUGCUUCAUAGAGUGGUGUCAUUACUUUGCAUUUCACUUGAUUUUGCUUGCUUCCUGAUACAGAGAGAAGCCUAUGCUCCUCGGAUUUUCUUUGAGGCUUCCAGGCCACCCUGGUUCACCCCUAGGUCCCAGCAGGACUGCUCUGAGUAUCUCCGGUUCCUGCUAGAUAGGUAUAGUGCUCCGAAAUCUGCAUUGGUGUUUUUUACAUUGUUGACCAGAGAAAAAUAACCAGAGAUAACCAUCACAGAUUUCUAAGUUCUUUUGUGCUAGAGUUUUACCUAGAAUUGCAAGGUAUAACAGUAUUCCCAAUCUUCAAGGAUUCAGAACUGAGGGAGGAAUUCAGUGUCACAAUAUUGUGAUCAUUCCUUCAGUGCAAGCAUCUCUGCUUGCCAAAUGACAUGCUCUCCCUUCCAGUGUUAGAAACACAGAUAUAUAAGCUAGGCGCCAAAUGGCUCCUUAAACCAGGGCUUACAGUCACCAAAAUGGAAUGCCUAGUUGCCAUUUUGGGGCCAAAUGGCUCAAACAUAUUUUUCAAUAUGUCAUUUGAGUUCUUGAAAUUUGUUCUGAUUGUGCAGAUAAAAUAUGACAGAUAGCAUUAUGCAGGAUGUUUUGCUAGUGUGGGAAAACAAUCAAGAUCCAAGCAUCCCCAGGCAUGCACCUCCAGAUGGUGGAGAUGACAGGCACCAUCCUGGCACCUGGGCAUCUGCACUUGGUAGCAAGUGGUCAAUAGCCAGAUGCAAAAUGAGCCUGGAGAAUUUCAAACACUGCUCCUGUCUCCCUCCCCCCACAUGGAUCUGGAGGGUCUCCUGAUUCAGAGGAGGAGCAACCCUGUUGCACAAGGGUGACUUGCUUAGUUUAAUUGAAUGUGGCCCUGAAUAUCUGUGGUAGAGAACUGCUGCUGGGGGGGUGGGAUCUAGGUUCUGUUUGGUCUCUUUAAUUAGCAUGCAUUUGCAAAGCCAAAAUGGCUGACUACCCUUCUUAACUCCAACAUGCAUGCAUGCCAUUGGUGCUUACAUCUGUAGUCUAACCGUAUUUUUUCCAGUAAGACAUUCAACUUGGCUUGCAAUCAGCAGUUAUGUCUGUUCUAGAAAAAUCUUGAAUCCCUGCAAGCGAUUUUUUUUUUUUAAUGCAGGAAACUUUUUUAUGUAAUACACUAAAUAACUCUCCAGUUUCCUUCCUUGAUCAAGUUCCAUUAGGGGUAAAAAGUAAAUCACAAGGCUGGUACCAACAGUUAUUUGUAUGUGAGAGACACAUAUAAGGUAAAGGGGUAAAAGGACCCCUGACCAUUAGGUCCAGUCGUGACCGACUCUGGGGUUGUGGCGCUCAUCUCGCUUUAUUGGCCGAGGGAGCCGUUGUAUAGCUUCCGGGUCAUGUGGCCAGCAUGACUAAGCCGCUUCUGGCGAACCAGAGCAGCGCACGGAAACGCCGUUUACCUUCCUGCCGGAGCAGUACCUAUUUAUCUACUUGCACUUUGACGUGCUUUUGAACUGCUAGGUUGGCAGGAGCAGGGACCAAGCAACGGGAGCUCACCCCGUUGCGGGGAUUCAAACCGCCGACCUUCUGAUUGGCAAGUCCUAGGCUCUGUGGUUUAACCCACAGCACCACAUAUACAUAUUUACAAAUAAACAAACUGAAACAGUGAUGCUUUAAUCAGUGAAGAGAAAUUGGUAGAGAAAUAAAUAAUCUCAUUUGAUUUCUCUUCUUUAGGCUGCAUGAAGAAGAGAGGACCUUGAAAGCCCUUUCUUUGGGAAAGCUUUCAGAAGAUAUGAAUGAAGAGUCUGUCGUCCAGGAGGUGUCCAGCAAAACGCAGCUGAUUACCAAACAACCUUGCAGAGAGGAAAGAACAUUAAUAGAGAAAAUGUUUCGGGGGAAACUGCAAACAAGCAUAUGUUGUUUGAACUGCAAAAGUACUUCUUACAAAGAAGAAGCCUUCACAGAUCUUUCACUUGCUUUCUGUCCUCCUGUAUUCUUAGAAAACGUUGACCCACCAAGUACAGAAAAUUCACCUGAAGGAAAAGAUGACUGCAUGGAACAAGUCAGUACUAGGGCAUUCAGUCCUGUGGCAGAAACAGCAGCUGAUGGUUUAGCAAUUGGUGAUUGCUGUGAAAUGGUCACAAAUGAUGGGACCUCAAAAGACCCUCCCAUUGAUUCAAACUGUGAAAACACUAAAGAUCCUUUUCCAUGCAAGGCUGAGAACAGGGAUAGCUUGCGGAAACACGUCAGUGAAGCUACUCCCUCAGUUACUGACUUGCUGAAUUAUUUUCUGGCACCCGAGGUUCUUAAAGGGGAUAACAAAUAUUAUUGUGAAAAAUGUGCCUCUCUACAGAAUGCGGAAAAAACUAUGCAAAUUGUGGAAGAGCCAGAAUACCUCAUUCUUACUCUCCUAAGGUUUUCAUACGACCCCAAAUGUCACAUUAGGCGCAAAAUCUUAGACAAUGUGUCUUUGCCGCUUGUUCUGGAGUUACCUGUCAAAAGAACUGCGUCACCCUUAAGUCCUGUAUCGGGCGUGUGGUCUAUGGGUGUUGAAUUUUCUGACACUGGUGAGAAUCUAGCUAAAAAACUCAAGCCCUCUGGUGCUGAAGAAGUGUGUUGCCCUCAACUAGUCCCUUAUGUUAUAAGUUCUGUAGUUGUACAUUCUGGCAUAUCAUCUGAAAGUGGGCAUUAUUAUUCUUAUGCCCGAAACGUUGCCAGUUCAGGGCCUUCAUUAGGAUCUUGUGAUCAAACCCAAAGUCUGGCUUUAGCUUAUCCACAAAGCAACUUGAUGGCUGGAGAGGCUCCCGUUGCAGCUGCUGAAAAGGAACUGGAUGAAAAUGAGGUGUCAAAGGAGUGGUUUUUAUUUAAUGAUAGCCGAGUGACAUUUACCUCAUUUCAGUCAGUCCAGAAAAUUACGAGCAGAUUCCCCAAGGACACUGCUUAUGUGCUGGUUUACAAAAAACAGAACAGUACAAGUACACUCAGCGCUAAAUCAACCAAUGGGCUCUGGGUCAACGGAGAUCCCCCUCUGCAGAAAGAUCUUAUGGAUGCCAUUACAAAAGACAAUAAGCUAUAUUUGCAGGUAAGGUGCAGACAUUGCUAAUGUGAUCAGCUGGCUUAAGACUGUAAUCCUAUACCCACUUAACAUUGUAGUAAGCACAACUGAACUCAGUGGGACGUACUGCUUCUUAGUGGACAUGCAUAUGAUUGUACUGUAAAAGCUUAAUGCAGGCAUCUAGCUAUAGUUAUAAGUCCAAGACUGUAGCUUGCAGACAAAUACAAGAGACUUUGCAUGGUUUUGAGCUGCUGGAUCCCUUCCAUCUACAUGGGGCGGCACUUCUGGAGGUAAGAGCACAGUGCUGACAUCUCUUCACACAAUGGUUUGGCGACUCACUUCAGAUUGUUUUUUGGCUUGUCAAGUUUGUAAGCUGGCUUGUCUAGUUCAGACAUCUCACCCAACAUUAUUAUGGUUCCUUAGCCAUGUUUGAGUGUGAAGUCUGAACUGAGCCUUUACCUAGUAGAUCUUUCAGUUGUGUAGGCUAUUAUUAUACUUUCCACAAGAAUGCUAUGUGACAUUCAGUGUGAAUAUUUUGCAGACAUGUAGUUCUGAUGAUACGUUGUACAGUACCAGGUGUUUUCUGUGAAGAUUUAGGGGGAAAUGGCUUUCACUGAAAAUUCAUGGAUGAAUCUUUGUUCAUUAAGUAAGGAGGUGUUUAAAAGCUUCCAAACAUUAUUUUUGUAGAAUGCAACUUGAAUUUUAUUUAGUUGAGAAAAGCUGGAAUAUCUGGCAGUUCAAUUUGCUGUAUGACUAUCUUAACAACGCAAAGCAGAGUUGUGAUGCAAAAAUGAAUGUGGUUUAAUGUUUUCUAAACAAGCGCAAAGGAAAGGAACAAACACAAAUGUGUUUCAUUUAAAGAUUCUGCAUCACUUCAUCCUUCACAAGUUCCAGCCAUAAUUUUUGUUAAACUUUCUGAAGUCUGUAUCGUAGGGAUGGGGAAUCUGUGGCCUUAGAUGCUGGUGUACUGCAGCUUCCCUUACCCCUGACUGUUGACCAUGGGGGCUGGGGUGGAUAGGAGUUAAGAGUCCAGCAACAUCUGAAGAGCCAUAUUCUCCCCACCCUUGAUGUAUCAGCAUUAAAUAGUUUCUGAUCUGUAGACGCAGUUUAGUUAAUUCAUUUAAUUUCAUAACUGUAGAAUUACUCAGUUGAUUUGCAUAAACAUGUCGUUCAAAAACCCAUUUUGCACAGGUAACAUUUUAUAGUGGAGCUUAAUAGGGAGAUUUUUGAACUCUUGAGGGUAUUUGAGGGGAAUUUAUUCCUUUUUAAAAUGUAUUCCUUAAACGAUUGGCUAUUUUGUGACACACACCACAACCUUCUAAAACCUUUUGGGAUAAAUGCUAGGUCUGAUAUUAGCAUGCCUUCAACUUUUUAUUGGCUAAACAUGGUUGCAAGAGCAAGUUUACACUGAUAAGGAGUUGGCUUCAGCCUUAUCAGAUUUUAUGAUGAAACCUAUGGUGUACAUGCAGAUUUGGAUUCAGCUGCUAGUUUUUCCCUCAAGCAACAUCAAAACUCAACAUUGCUCAAGUACAAUUACUAAAGAACUAGACAGAAUUCCUGCAACACUUGUACUUGAUGAACUUAAUAACCCCUAGUAGCUUAAUGAACAGCAUUGGUGUACACCAUGAAACAGUCAUUGCAAUAUCAUCGCCUGGAAAUUGUAUUGAGGCUUUAAUCACCAGGCCAGUAUGUGCAAGAGAAUUAUACAUCCUGUAUCUUUUGAAGUCGUUCUACAGCUUUCAUCAUCUUGCUAGGAUUGUAAGAAUUAUAGCUUUGGGUUCAUUUUAAAAGUUUGUAUCACUUAAAUUUGUGGGGCAGUGUUUGAAUAUGUGAUUGAAAUAGCUUUGGGUGUCCUCAGGCUGCUUCACAAGAAGCAGCUUUUGUAUAUACCAAGUAGCAGCCCUCCAGGUAUGUGUGUGUGUGUGUGUGUGUGUGUGUGUGUGUGUGUCUUUGUGUCUGUCUGUCUCUGUCUUCCCAGGUCUGCUAUCUGCAUCCCCUUGGUUGAUGCCAGAGAUUAAUUCUGGGACCUCUAGCAUGCAAGGCAAUGUACUGUAGCCCCAGUUAAAUGUCUCUUCUGUUUUUCAAAGCACAUGACUGCAUAACAUCUGCAAAAACUAUUGGCACAAUUUUUAAAAAAGUAAUUUUGGGGUGGCAAAAGUAACAAUUGAUUUAGCUUUCAUUCCUUUAAUGAUGCCUGCCACUUAAAGCAUUUAAGUUACAGACAAUUUAAAUUAUUUACAUGGUAAACUAGCACAUGAUCUUUGGAUGAAGGGCAGUAUAUAAAUUUAAUUAAUUGAUGAUGAUUAUAAUCUCUGUUGCUUAGUGUUAGCAGGUGCUUCUGUUACUUGCUUCUGCUUUUGAGUUUCUGCUUGAGCAUUCUGCAGCACUGCUGAACAAACUGGUGUAGCUGUGCCAAGUGCAAAUUUCCCUGUGCCCCCCUCUUACUCUGAAAUUAGCUUAAAUGUUCAUAACUAGGUUUAUUUGUCUAUUUCAGGAGCAGGAGCUUAGCGCUCGAACACAGGCCCUUCAAGCAGCUGCAGCUUCGUGCUCCUUUCGGCCAAAUGGAUUUGAUGACAAUGACCCCCCAGGAAGCUGUGGGCCAACUGGCGGAGGUGGUGGAGGCGGAUUUAGCACUCUUGGCAGACUAGUGUUCUAGGAAGAGAGCAUCAAAUGCAUUCAUUGGUUUCCAAACAGCUCCUGAUACUGCUUAGGACUGUUCUUACUGAACUGUAUUAAAUAAUGUACUAAGCUUUUUUUUUCAAGAUGUGAUCUUUGUUCUAAAGAGAACUCUCUUUUUUUAUUUGAAAUAAAUAAGUGCAUCAUGGAGAAAUCUACCUCUUAAAUUCACUUGUUUUUAUGGAAAGAUAUUCUUCCAAAAGAGGAGUUAGAAGAUUUUUAUGACACUAGAUGAACUAGUAAAAAGCACUUGCAAUAUGUAAUCCCAAAUCCCUUGAUGAAAGAAUAAUUAUUCUUUGAAAAAGAGAGGGUUACUCAACCCCAGCAGUGUUUGUGGUGGGGUUGAUUUGUCCGUAAAUCUAUAAAUCCUCAAAGGCUCUGGAGUUGGUAACCUGAAAAUAAAUGAGAAUCCAAUGUGCUAACAAUGUAAUCCAGGAUAAGAAAUACUCAAACUCAAUAUAUUUGCAUUACAGGUACAUAUAUUAAAAAGUCACUUUAAUGUGCUUGUUAAAUCAUUUUUCCAAAUGUGCAUGGUCUUGUAGGGGGUGGGAAUUAAGUAAAAAAAAAAAUGCAAAGUUUGUAGUAUUUUUAAUUGCUUUGAGGAUUUUAGAAUUAUUUCAGGGAGUACACCUGCUGUGUUUUGAAGGAAAAGACUUUGUACGUGCCUUGUACUUUAACAAAGUACAAAACCUUUUGAGGCUGCGGAAGAGUGUAGAACAUGAGAUGUUAAUUUCUUGUUUAAUAUGAACUUAAUACGUUUUUGGAAAGUGUUAGCUUCGCCAGAAGUAAAGUCUGAUGGUUCUAAAAAUACAUUUGUUGCUCAUGAUUUUCAGUU